AUGGCACAGGUCUCCAAGUUCCAGUUCGUCGACAAUGACGCCCUCAAAUCCAACCGAAAGCUCAUUCGAAGUCAUGUUAUGAAGGGCAAGAAUGCGAGCAAGGCAAAGCCUCGAUGCGACCAGAAAUUCGUCAACAAGACCAAUGAAUCUUCGAAUCGAAUUCCUGGCGAUGCCCUCACGUCAAUCGACUACGCCUCGAAACUACCACUUCUUGAGAGGCCGCUUGGAGAUGAAUUAUCCUUCAUUACCUUUCCUUGCAAAGCGGACCUGUCUACAAGACGCCUCAUACAUCAAUUUAUGGUUGUCCAACUGCAAGUCUUGUACCCGAAGGAGUUCUGCUUCCAGAUGGAUCAUAUGAGGUCGACAUGGUUUGAAUACAUACAACGCUCCGAGACCUUCUAUCACUGCUCGCUGGUCAUGGCGACAAUCUGCAUCGAUGGCCUGCUAGGGAAGCCUUUGCGCUCGCCACAAGCACUCAGGCAUCUCGCAGAUACGUACAAAUGCAUCAACCAAGAUCUGAGGGGCCAGGGCACGCCAUCGGACGCUACAUUCGCCGUGGUAGUGAGCCUUGCGGUGCACGAGAACCUCACGAACCAGUUUGGCGUCAGCAAAGUCCAUCUGAAGGCUCUCCAGCUUAUGCUUGAGAUGCGAGGUGGGAUUAAAGCCUUCUCGUCUAACUGGGUGAUCUGGCAUAAGAUCUGCCGGGCCGACAUAGACCGGGCAUUGCAUGAAGGCUGUGACUCGAUGUACUACAGGGACACACUCCCGAAACAGACACUGAGGUCCUCCUCUGUGAAGAAAGAGCUGAUGUCUCCAGACUCUGCUUCUAAGACCCUCCUCCCAUUGACCGAUCCCGGUCUAGACUGCAUCGCCACGGAUACGAACCAGUUCUGCCAUCUCCUCAACCAGAAUCCCGCAAGGUUUAGCUUGGACCCAGCCGACUUCCAGAACGCUCUGAUUACGUUCGCGUACAGAUUGUUGCAAUACUGUCCGCUUGCUGGAGAGCCGCCUGAGGAUAAGCUGGACAGCGCGAUCUUCACGACACUCCUAGGGUUCCUGACAACUCUCCUCUUCGAGCAAGGCCGCAUGCAUGUCUGUGCAUAUGAUCUGCUGGCGAGUAGACUGCGGCAUGCCAUAUCAGAGCUUAUGGUAAGCAUCACUCUUAAGCAACAGCCGGUGCUCCUCUGGGUCCUCUUCUCCGGUGGUAUAUCCCUGUGCGGACCAGAAGAUGAAUCGUGGCUUUGUCCGUACAUCACAUCCUGCCUGUCAUCUCUGGAGAUCGAUACGUGGGAUGCUGCUCACAAAGUCAUUAGCCGGCUGCCUUGGGUACGGGUCGUACAUGACAAGCCUGGGUUCAAGCUAUGGCAGACAGCCAAAGCUCAUGAUGAUCAAUCUACAUGA